AUUCAUUGCGCACAAGCCCCUUGGUCUCCAUGACAGCCUUGUUAUUGUUGCUCUGUAGAUAAUCAUGGAUGGAUAGAGUUUGACUGCAAUAAUCUUCAUGGAGCACAUACCAAUAAAUCCGUUUUAGAUAUGCUGGAAUCGUUUCAUAUUAGCGGCUCUUCUAUGUCAUCCACGCCGGGUUUAAUAUAGGAGGUUAGGCCCACCUCAGUGCUAGUUUUUCCUGCGUUCAGUUGUGUCGUGUUGUCUUGCUCUGUUGCUCUGGAGCCGGUGGAGUAUGAGAAAGCAGCGGUCCAGCGGAGGCCCGGUCCGGACACAGGAGGCUCGGAGUGGCAUCGCGGGAUUGAUGGAGAAGAUGCGCAUGUAACGGCAUCAGAGGAUGAUUUCACGAUACAGCCGUCGGCCUGUAUCUCAUAACCUGGAGAUCAGUGGUUUGUCCCGCAGGUGUUUGGAGCAGCAUCCUCUUCCAGAGGAGGCAGAUGAUGAUUCUGUGCAUCCUUCCAGACUCCUGCAUGAUCUACAAGAGGAUAUGUCCUCAUACAGCAGGUCUGAUGAUUCCUCAUCUACAUCUGUCAGAUCAGGACGUCAGACAGUCACCACAGAAGACACCACUCAGUCCUGGUCUGGUAUCCAUAGUUACACAGGAACUGGCAUCUCUACAGAACGCAGCUCGGUCUUCUCGUGGGGCUACGAUGAAUUCGAUAAAGCCGCCUCAAGGCAGGUCCAGCAGAUGUUUGAGGAGAUCGAUGAACUGUUGUACGAGAGAAAGUGUGAAACUCAGCUCAAAGGUCUGCAAGAUGAGUGUGAGGAGUGGGCUUCACGAUUUCCUCAUCUACGGAUCCUUGGGACGCAGCUGGUGUGCCCGACAGAUGAAGGGUUCCAGUGGUACGCCACAUCAGCUCCUGUGCCCAUGUCCUCCGGGAGCGGACAAAGCAAAGAGAAAACGGCCAAUGAAUUGUGUGUGCAGGGUCGGAGGGCUGUUUUAUGUCAGCCCUCUGUGGAGGUGACCCAUCCUAGUGCCACCCCCAGCAGUAACCAUGGCGAUGAGAUGCCCAGGGUGAUUGAGGCUGAGGGCCUGAUAGAAGAGUACCUCGCGUUCGACUGCAGAGACCUGGAUGAGGAGUGGGAACGCGAGUAUGUGAACAGGCGGAGACACUGCCUGCCCCCCGUCUCGCCAUAUCGCUGCCGUCGUGAGGCUGUGCUUGAUCUGCUUUUUGAUGAUGUGUGGCGUGAGCUGAUUGGCUGGAUGGAGGAGCUUGUCCGUAGGCAUUGGGAAGGUUUUGUGUCAGAUGAUGAAAAGAAUGCUGUGGCCCUCAGCCCUGCAUGUCCUGACUCCCAGAAUCCUUUUGUGCUGCUGUCCACCACCUCAACGGUGCUUCCUCCACUGUCUCAGACCAGAACACAACAGCUCACAGCCAACAUGCAGGCUCAGAGCUCAAAGCCAUGGGGUUCAAAGCACAAGACAAGACGGAAAUCCAAAAAGCAGAGAAAGACAUCCACUACCAAUCGAGUGCCUGUAGGGGCGGCUGUUACUCAUCACAAUCUAAAUGACCUCAUCAUGAUACACGGCAUUCCACUGCAACAAAGGAACCUGGGAACUCUGGACCGAAUAUCUCAGGACUCCGAGGAGAAAUUGUCUCAUCGUCCUGGCUCUAGCGCCAUUCCCAAUAAUAAACCCCGCCCUCGCCGUCCCCUGGAGCAGAGCACAUCCUCCCUGACCCGCCCCCCUCAGUCGGCACGGCGACGGAACCCACCUCCUCGCACCUUGAUGCCAUUGACGUCCAGCGUAGCGCAGCCCAUCACUACCGGGUCUAUGGAAGAGGUGGUUAGAGGAACAAGAUUAACGACUGCCAGCGAUCGUUUGACUUCACCUCCGAUGCCUCUCAGCAGAAAUACACUCCUUCCUCCUAUUGGCACAGGAGACCAAGAGCACUCACCCUCCGGACAACACUCAAGGCUCAUGCAGAAACACAGAGGCUCGUCCAGUCGCGCUCAUAGCGCAGUGACUGAUGAAGGUGUUAGUCUGCAACCUCGAGACAAACUGCACCUGCUUGAUGUGUUUUCCAGACCCAACACUACACACACUUUCAGGUCGGAUACCCCUUAUCGUCGUUCAUUCACUGGAAUAGACAGCAUUGGGCAGGGGCGACCUGGCAGAGCAUCUGUUGGCAUAGAUUCUCUAGGAAUUGGUGUAACUGGUAUCAGUUUGGGCAUCAGCAGCUCUUCCUUCAUAGACUCAUUUUCCCAUCAUCCCCUAGGCCACUUCCCCAUAGAGCAUGAAGAGGAGCCAGAGGCAAAGGCCCCUCCUUCAGUGUCUGUUCCAGCACGCUCCCACAACAGAGGCGGUACGACGGCUCGUAGUAGCAGAACAGGGCUUUAACACGCACGCACGCACACACCCCUUUUUAAACCAAACCCACCUAAGCACUGAUGCAACUUUUCUUCAGUACUGACAGACUCUUUGUAUACCUGCUGGACUUUGUAUAACAUGCCAUUUGGGCGUGUACUUUAUUUAUGAUGACUAUUAUUAUUAAAAAAAAGUAUUGUUUCAUGUAUAUUCAUGUUAUGGAUUUAAAUUUUCUAAUACCUUAUUUUUUUAUAUGGAAUGAUUCAGCUUCAUACGGCUGCCAAACACAGGAAACGGUCUAUCCCUUACAUCUGUCGAUGUAUUGUACAUGCUGUACUGUAUUCAAUAAUGACGGUCUAUAUGAAUUUCCUAUGCAGGCUCGGCUCUUAGAAGAAAAGUUUUACGGUACUUCAUAGUGUGAUAGUUGCCGUCACCAGAAAAUAAAUCGUCCUGAUUAUUUAAAGUUUUGCACAUCUUCACAUUUUUCACUGUCACAACCUUGUGUACUAUAGGACAAUUCAGCUUAACAUACUGAUUGUUCACUGGGUUAUUGUCAAUUUGGUAUCAUAAUUGUAUCCAGGGUUUUAUUCCCACACCCCAUCAGUCUUUAGGAACAACAUGACCCUGUUUCUCAGGGGCAAACAAUACAUUUUACAAUUGUGGUACAGAAUUACAGGCUAUAUAAUGAGAGCUGAAAGAGGAUUUAAAGUUUCAAGUUUCUUAUUAUUUUAAAAUAAGGCUUUGUAAUUAAACCUUAGUCCCAUAAGCCAUACGGAGAAUGCAGUGUUUGGCCUGACAAGAGACAGAAAGUUAACGGAUGUAUUAUAUACAUAAUAAAUGCGCACAAUUAAAUUCAAUUAAAUAAGGACGGUCUAAUUUUUUUGACUUCCACUAAAAUAGCCACAUUGUUUCACAUACAACUUUUUGGUAUCUAUUAAAUGUGGCUCUUAGAGGUUUGUAAUGUUUAUGUGGCAGCUUCAUUGAUCAUCAGCUCUAACUGAACAUUUAUAUUUAUCAGAUUUGAAUAAUGUGUUCGAUUUGUUUUUUUUUUAUUCACUUUAUAUCCGUCUUGAGAAUUACAAAGCUUGUAUUAUGAUUGUAAUGAUGAAUUUCUUUACAGCCAUAGUGAAGUGAUGUCACAGGAAGCUACCUGCCAUCGCUUCAUACCCCACCCUGAUGCCUAUGAGACAGAUCCACCAAUUCUUCAUUCAGCUUAGCAAGGACAAUCUAAAAUUGCAGAAGUUGUAGCCAUAUUUGAAUCCCAGUAGAUAUUGUGCUGUCAGUUUGGAGACCAAUUAAAGUGGGCAGAUUUCAAUGUGGAUCAACUGAGAUGACUAUGCUCUUAAACACAAAUGCAUAUACAUUUUUGUGAGUGUUGGGUUUUAUAUGUGGAAUGAACAAAUUGUUGGGGUUGAGAUGACAGAGUUGGAUAGGAGUGUAUGCUUGUGUGCGCUGGUGUAUGUGGUGGAGGUGAAACGCCUCUGUUUUUCUAGGUAUAGCACCGCUGUAUCUACGACAAUUCCCUUUGAAUGUUUACCCCUGUAAGAAUGGCAAAUAAAAAGUAAUUAUUU